AUGACUCUACAAGUACAAAGCCACCCAAACGAGUUGUGUUCUCAACGGUUGUGGAAGAGAUACAACCAGGCGAGAGCUCAUCAAACCCCCUCUCAUAUUCGAAGCAGAAUAAUUCUGAUCACAAACCGAGAAAGGCCGAUGUUAAGACCGCGAAAAGGGGAACAAUUAAAUUCUCUGGGAAGAAAAAAAGUUGUGCGAAAAACGUCUCAAGUUCUGAAGCGGGUGAAGAUCCUCUCUUGCCGUCCUGGAAAGGUAUUUUUCUAG